GUUAUGACUGUGUUGAUUUGUCUGUCUCUGUGUGUGUGUGUGUGGCUGUGUGCGAUGGAUGUUUUUUGCAUUAGAAGUCCUGGUGUGUUGAAUCAGAGUUUCCAGCAGCAGCAUAUGGUUUGUGUUUAAGAUGGGCCAGAGAGAGCAUGAUACACACUGCUGCAGCCACUCAGGAAAUAUAGUCUGUGGCUCCUAAGCGUCUCUGUCUCGCACACACCUACUCACUUUCUCCUUCCCCUCUCAUGUCCUCUUUUCUCUCUCUCUCUUUCUCGCGCUCACUCCCGCUAUAUCCGACAGAAGGUAUUGAUUGCAGUGAUCGAGGGAAAUGUGUAGGUAACACUUUUUUAUGAAGGGUUCCUUUAAAUGUAAAUGUUGAAUUUGACUGCGGUAAAUAACGAUGUCUAUUGUAGACGGUUAUAUUCCUUCAGGCAGAUAUGAAACAUGACCAUGUGCAUAGAUAGAGGUUUAGCAGGCUGGACUACUUUAGUGUGUGCGCUUUCUUCAUUAAACCACCAUGCUUUUCCACCAUGAAGGAAAUUAAACAUUUAAAGGGGAAUUCCACCCUGUGAUAAUUAUGAUCCUCCCUAUGCCUUUUAUUUCCUGAGUCUGGACCAAAGUUUUAGUCUACAUCAGAAACGGAACACUGUCCGUGAUGUCAUCAGGAGGUGACCGUCUAACUCUUCACUAAGGUGAGCUCUUUCUAUGGACUGAGUAUAAUGUAUCUAUAGGCUAAAAAGGACUUCAUGAAUUGUUAAGUUAUUAUCAUAGUAAUAGUACUGAUGUCUGGCUUCCAAUUCUAAAUAAUGUAAAUUAAACUAAUUCCAGUACAACCGUUGUAAGGGUACUAACAGUGUAAAAACACUACUUAAGUGUAUUGUCAAUGUCAUUAUUGUGGUGAAUAUAAAUGUUUUUUUUUUGUAUUGUAAAAUGGAACCCUAUCAAAUGUUUUUUCCAGUGUUGAAUUUAAGUUAUUCAAUGUUUUAUUUUGUUUACAUUAUUUGUCAACAGAAUCAAAUGUAAUUUCUUCCACACAACAUUGAAUUAAAAUGUCCUGUGCUUCAUGAAUUUAGCUGCCAUGAGUUAGUGGUUUGAUUGCUCCAUCAGGCUGUCAAAAGAAAGUGUUCAAGGAGAAAAAGGCAUUCUGAUUGGGUACUGGGGUCUGACUUAAUUGAAACCAUAUGUAUAGCAUGAGGAAUUCUGGGAUUUUGGCAUGCCCCCAAGAAUCCUCAGAAUGUGAUUUUUUUUCUCUCCUCUCCGAGCUCCCUUUUUUUCCAGGGGUGUCUUGCAUCAGUCCAGUGUAUGUGAGAGGGAGCUGAGCGAGAGUGAACAGAGAGCGAAUAGGCAGGCUUGGAUUCUAACAGACUGAACUGGGGACACGGACACUCACAGGAAUACUCCACCGCCUCCUCGGAACAAAUGUUUUGAAAGGAUAAACUCCUUAAAAGUUUGAAGACCCUCUCUGUGUGUUUGUGUGUCUGUGUGUGUGUGUGUGUGUGUGUGUGUGUGUGUGUGUGUGUGUGUGUGUGUGUGUGUGUGUGUGUGUGUGUGUGUGUGUGUGUGUGUGUGUGUGUGUGUGUGUGUGUGUGUGUGUGUGUGUGUGUGUGUGUGUGUGUGUUCGGGAUGAAGCGCCUGUGGGACAAACACUUCCCGUUGCUCAUCCUUCUCUAUCUGGUAGGAGACGUCACCUCACAGGUUAACCCAGGUGUGUGUCGGUACCCUCUGGGGAUGUCAGGAGGGCAGAUUCAGGAUGAAGACAUCUCAGCCUCCAGUCAGUGGUCUGAGUCCACUGCCGCUAGAUACGGCAGGUUGGACUUUGAGGAGGGUGAUGGUGCGUGGUGUCCAGAGAGAACGGUGGAACCAGACAGCCUGAAGGAGUUCCUCCAGAUAGACUUGCGUUCCCUCCACUUCAUCACCCUGGUGGGCACCCAGGGCCGCCACGCAGGGGGCAUCGGCAACGAGUUCGCCCAGAUGUACAAGAUCAAAUACAGCCGUGACGGCAGCCGCUGGAUCUCCUGGAGGAACAGGCAAGGCAAACAGGUCAUUGAGGGGAACAGGAAUGCAUAUGACAUCAUGCUGAAGGACCUGGAGCCUCCGAUCAUCGCCCGCUUCGUGAGGUUCAUGCCCGUCUCAGACCACUCUAUGAACGUCUGCAUGAGGGUGGAGCUCUACGGCUGUGAAUGGCUCGACGGUUUGGUGUCCUACAACGCUCCAGCAGGAGAACAGAUGAGUCUAGAGGGACAGCCUGUCCACUUCAACGACUCGGUGUACGACGGAGCCGUCAUCUAUAGUAUGACGGAGGGCCUGGGCCAGCUGACUGAUGGGAUGUGUGGAUUAGAUGACUUCACCCACAGCCACGUCUACAAUGUGUGGCCUGGCUAUGAUUACGUAGGUUGGACCAACGAGAGCUUCCCCAACGGAUACGUGGAGAUCAUGUUCGAGUUCGACCGCACACGCAACUUCACCACCAUGAAGGUGCACUGUAACAACAUGUUCAUGCGGCAUAUCAAGGCAUUCCGCCAGGUGGUGUGUUACUUCCGUUCCGAGGCUGACUGGGAGGCCACGCCCCUUUCCUUCAGCCCUGUGGUGGACGACGUCAAUCCCAGCGCCCGAUUCAUCACUGUCUCUCUGGCCAAUCACAUGGCCAGUGCUAUGAAGUGCCAUUUCUACUUCGCUGAUGCCUGGAUGAUGUUUAGCGAAAUCACCUUCCAGUCCGACACAGCCAUGUACAAUACUACCCUGGCUCCACCCAAGACUGGCAGUGGCCCCCCCACCAGCACUCAACCAGACGACAGCAACACCAGAAUUCUGAUUGGCUGCCUGGUGGCCAUCAUUUUCAUCCUCGUCGCCAUCAUCGUCAUCAUCCUCUGGAGGCAGGUCUGGCAAAAGAUGCUGGAGAAGGCCUCGCGGCGGAUGCUGGACGAUGAACUAACUGCUAGUCUGUCACUACAGAGCGAGACAUUCGCCUACAGCCACAACAACCCUUCAUCAUCGUCAGCACUCAGCGAACAGGAGUCUAGCUCCACCUACGAGCGUAUCUUCCCCCUGGGCCCUGACUACCAGGAGCCUUCACGACUGAUACGCAAGCUGCCUGAGUUCUCCCACAGCUCGGAGGAGGCCGCAUUAACUAGCACAGUGGUGGCAGUGACAGCCUGCAAGGCUCCCACGGCAACGUUUGCCCAGGAAGGAGUCCCUCACUAUGCCGAGGCAGACAUCGUCAACCUGCAGGGCGUAACCGGGGGCAACACGUACGCGGUCCCUGCUCUAACCAUGGACCUGCUGUCAGGGAAGGAUGUGGCGGUGGAAGAGUUCCCCAGGAAACUGCUCACCUUUAAAGAAAAGCUGGGCGAGGGACAGUUUGGAGAGGUCCACCUGUGUGAGGCAGAGGGCAUGCAGGAGUUUAUUGAUGAGGAUUUCUCCUUCGACAUCAGUGACAACCAGCCAGUACUGGUGGCUGUUAAGAUGCUAAGAUCAGACGCUAACAAAAACGCCAGGAACGACUUCCUGAAGGAGAUUAAGAUCAUGUCUCGUCUGAAGGACCCUAACAUCAUCCGUCUGCUGGCAGUGUGUAUCUGCAGUGACCCCCUCUGCAUGAUCACAGAGUACAUGGAGAAUGGAGACCUCAACCAGUUCCUGUCCCGCCAUGAACCUGAGGGACAGCUAGCACUCAUCAGCAAUGCACCCACUGUCUGCUACAGUAACCUGUGCUACAUGGCCACUCAGAUUGCCUCAGGGAUGAGGUACCUCUCCUCGCUCAACUUUGUCCACAGAGACCUGGCCACGAGGAACUGUCUGGUGGGGAAGAACUACACCAUCAAGAUCGCUGACUUUGGCAUGAGCAGGAACCUGUACAGCGGAGACUACUACCGCAUCCAGGGCCGGGCCGUGUUGCCCAUACGAUGGAUGUCCUGGGAGAGCAUACUGCUGGGAAAGUUCACCACAGCCAGUGAUGUGUGGGCAUUUGGGGUGACGCUGUGGGAGACCCUGACCUUCUGUAACGAGCAGCCUUACUCCCAGCUGACUGACGAACAGGUCAUAGAGAACACUGGCGAGUUCUUCAGGGAUCAGAAACGACAGGUCUACCUUCCCCAGCCAGUGCUGUGUCCUGACUCUGUGUAUAAGAUCAUGCUGAAUUGUUGGAGGAGGAACACCAAGGAGAGGCCUUCCUUCCAGGAGAUCCACCGAGCACUGCUGGAGAGCCAAGCUUAGGGCCAGUACCCCUGGGCCGGGCCAGCAUACACACACACAUACAGACAGACGGACAGAUGAAACGCAUCAACAACACAUUACGCAUCCAUCAAAAGUUCAACUCAAUUCAACUAAUGAUGCACGGAAAAAGAAAGGCAAACAUUACAAAUGGCUGUCAGAUUGUCUCAGAUAGAGAAGCCAAAGUGAAUUGUAGCAAUGAAAGUUCGGUAUUUUUAAAAAUGUAUAAUUUAUUCAAAAUUAUACUAUAAAUGAGUGUUCCCACCUUGUUUAAUGUAGUGUAUGGUAAUGGCACGUCUAUGAAUUAAAUUGUGUUUUCUUUAAGAAGACUGCUUGAAUGUAAAUAAGAAUGCAAGUUUCAUGGAUGUCUUAACAAAACAUAAGUGUUCAGUUUGGAGAUUUUUGGUGAAUUUUUAUAUUUGAAAAGGUUUUUCAUCUCAGUCAGUCUGACAGUUUAUUCAAAGCCAACAGGCAUAAUUGUGUUUUCAUAAAAAUAAUGCAUUAUAAGACUUGUCAUAAGCAUGAUCCUGUCUUAUUAUAAGCCCAUUUCAAUUAACAUUAUAACAUUAAACCUAUUGGCUUUUGAUUAAGGAGUUACAAAUUCAUAACAUGGACAUUAACCAAAACUCAACUGUAGUACUCUGGCAUACACUCUGCUACAGUGUCUGCCAGUGAUAUUUGACCAAGAGUGCUCAGAGACAUCAAUAUGUAUGUACUUCUCAAAUAUUCAUAUUUUGUAUUUAUAUGUAUUGUUUAUUUGUUUGUUCUGUUUGCUUCUUGUUUACAGUACCAGUCAAAAGUUUGGAAACACCUACUCGUUCUAGGGUUUAUCUUUAUUUAUAAUAUUUUCUACAUUGUAGAAUAAUAGUUAAGACAUCAAAACUAUGAAAGAACACAUAUGGAAUCAUGUAGUAACCAAAAAAGUGUUAAACAAAUCAAAAUAUAUUUUAUAGCCACCCUUUGCCUUGAAGACAGAUGACACUCUUGGCAAUCUCUCAACCAGCUUCACCUGGAAUGCUUUUCCAACAGUCUUGAAGUCGUCCCCACAUAUGCUGAGCUUUUCCUUCACUCUGCAGUCCAACUCAUCCCAAACCAUCUCAAUUGGGUUGAGGUUGGGUGAUUGGGGAGGCCAGGUCAUCUGAUGCAGCACUCCAUCACUCUCCUUCUUGGUCAAAUAGCCCUUACGCAGCCUGGAGGUGUGUUGGGUCAUUGUCCUGUUGAUAGUCCCACUAAGCGCAAAUGAUAGUCCCACUAAGCACAAACCAGAUGGGAUGGCGUAUCGCUGCAGAAUGCUGUGGUAGCCAUGCUGGUUAAGUGUGCCUUAAAUUCUAAAUAAAUCACAGACAGUGUCACCAGCAAAGCACCAUCACACCUCCUUCUGCAUGCUUCACGGUGGGAACCACACAUGCAGAGAUCAUUCGUUCACCUACUCGGCAUCUCACAAACACAUGGCGGUUGGAACCAAACAUUUCAAAUUUGGACUCAUUAGACCAAAGGACAGAUUUCCACCGGUCUAAUGUCCUUUGCUCAUGUUACUUGGCCCAAUCAAGUCUAUUUUUUCUUAUUGGUGUCCUUUAGUAGUGGUUUCUUUGCAACAAUUCGACUAUGAAGGUCUGAUUCACACAAUCUCCUCUGAACAGUUAAUGUUGAGAUGUGUCUGUUACUCUGAAGCAUUUAUUUGGGCUGCAAUUUCUGAGGCUGGUAACUCUAAUGAACUUAUCAUCUGCAGCAGAGGUAACUGGGUCUUCCUUUCCUGUGGUGGUCCUCAUAAAAGCCAGUUUCAUCAUAGCGCUUGAUGGUUUUUGCGACUGCACUUGAAGAAUCGUUGAAAGUUCUUGCCAUUUUCCGUAAUGACUCACCUUCAUGUCUUAAAGUAAUGAUGGACUGUUCUCUUUGCUUAUUUGAGCUGUUCUUGCCAUAGAAUGGGCUUGGUCUUUUACCAAAUAGGGCUAUCUUCUGUAUACCACCCUACCUUGUCACAACACAACUGAUUGGCUCAAAGGCAUUAAUAAGGAAAUAAAUUCCACAAGUUAACUUUUAACAAGGCACACCUGUUAAUUGAAAUGCAUUCCAGGUGACUACCUCAUGAAGCUGGUUGAGAGAAUACCAAGAGUGUGCAAAGCUGUCAAGGCAAAGGGUUGAUAUUUAAAAAUCUUUCAUUUGUUUAACACCUAUUUGGUUACUACGUGUUUCCAUGUGUUUUAUUUCAUAGUUUUGAUAUCUUAACUAUUAUUCAACAAUUGAGAAAAUAGUACAAAUAAAGAAAAACCCUUGAAUGAGUAGGUGUACCCAAACUUUUGACUGGUACUUUAUAUAUUUGGGUACUGAUCAGCUUUUAUUUUUGCAUGGGAAAAGUUGUACAUUCAGUCUUGUAUUUUGUUCAAUGUCUUUCGAGAGUGUCAUGGAAAUUCUAAAGUGAGACUGUAGAUUAUUUCAAACAACUACUUUAUUAUAAGAUUUGUAAAAAUGGAGCAGUCAACAAUCCACUCAACAUAGUCCAGAGUUGAAAGCUCAAACAAACAGAAUUGGCUCUCAGCUUUUAUAGAAAAGUCCAACCUCUUUGUCUAUGUGGCAGUCCGCAGAUGUGUGCAAACAGGUGUGGGGAACAUAGUGUAUAAAAGGUGUUUAGCUUGUUUGUUCCUUCAUGCAAGUUUCCACACAGAAGAGUUCCUACAGAUAGUAUAAACGGUAUGUCAGAUACUUAGGUCGCACCCGGCUCUUAUCUGUACGCCCAGACGAAUGACUAAGUCACAUAAGACAAGCCUGCAUCAGCUAAAAAAAGACUAGCAUAUAACAAUGAACAAUUCUCGAAGUAAAAACAGCAUAGUAUGUCUAAUUUUGUAAUUUUCCACGACAAGAGUUGUAUGAGAAAAUGGCAGUUAGCUUUGUGGGAGGUGGGGUGGAGGAUAUGCCUUCAAUAACAUUACAAAUGUUUGUUCUAGAGACGCCUAAUCUAUUCUCAUUCAUAUAUGUGACCAAAUCACUGUUGAAAUCAGAUCUGAGAUAAGCUGCAUUAGUGCGGGUCCAUGUUCGCUCCAUACUGAUCAGAUUAUGGUGCUAAUCAGGAUCCAGACUGGAGAAGAGAUGAUGGGCCAACUGUAUGUGCAGAGUAGUCUUUGAAAAGUGAAACGCAGGAAAAUAUGCUUCAAGAGAGAAUGUUUUUUAACGGUUAGUGUGUUUGCUACCUUUAUACAACAAAUGUUGUUCUAAGCUAUUUUUGUGUUGUAUUGAAAGUGUUCAAAUUGACAGUUUUUCUGAACAAGAAACCAACUGUUUAUGAUGUAUCUCUGUUGAAAGAGAGCGAGAGCUGAACGGCCGUUAAAGGGUUUCUGAAUAGAGUUCAGGAUGAUAAUCAGUCAGAAGGAUUUCAGACAAUGUCAACUGCACAUGGUUUAGUUUUAUUAGAUAUUUGUAUUCUAAUGGUUUUUUGCUAAUUAAAAAACAAAUAUUUCAGAGAAAACAUCAAAUUUGUCAUGGUGAUAAUUUGUUACAGUCAAAAAUAAAAAUGAAACCACCAAAAUAAUGCUUUGUCUAUUGUA